CGAAUGCACAUGGAUCGUCGAACCUUCUGCUAGCUCCUCUCAUGCACAUGCAGAUACGGUCGACCUACGCAUCUAGCAGAGGAGUUUAAGUAUACCUCUGCAGGCUAGCUAGCAGCAUUGGCUCCGGGUCAUGGCGAUCGGCAAGAAGAGCAAGCAGCGCAAUGGCGGCGUCAGCCACUCGGCCUCGUUCCUCCUCGGGGCUCUCCUGCCCACCCUCCUACUCCUCCUCCUCGCGUCCGAUCGGGUCGAGGAGCGACUGACCGGCAUAUUCAUAUCCAGCUUGGGGAAUGGAUCGCCUCAUCAGAUGAUUAGCCACGCCAACCUCUCGAGCGCGGAAAAGGACAUGCAGGAGGAGAGAUUCCCAGGGCUCGCAGAGCUGCUGCCAAAGGUGGCCACCGACGACGGGACGGUGAUCGUAACGUCGGUGAACGAGGCGUGGGCGGCACCGGGCUCCCUCCUCGACCUAUUUCGCGAGAGCUUCAACAACGGCGAGGGGAUCGCACACCUCCUCAACCACACCCUCAUCGUGGCCGUUGACCCCGGCGCCAUGUCCCACUGUGAGGCCGUGCACCCGCACUGCUACCUCCUCGAGGUCACGUCCGCCAAUGUCAGCUCCGCCAACGGCUUCUUCACCGAAAGCUACCUUGAGCUCGUCUGGGCCAAGCUCUCCCUCCAGCAGCGCGUCCUCCAGCUCGGCUACAACUAUCUUUUCACUGAUGUGGAUGUUAUGUGGUUGCGUAACCCGUUCCGGCAUAUCAGCCUCUACGCCGACAUGGUCGUCUCCACCGAUCGCUUCAGUGGUGAUGCGGAGGCGCUCACGAACGCACCCAACACCGGCUUCUACUACGUCAAGUCCACGAACCGGACGGUGGAAAUGUUGAGGCGAUGGCGCGUAGCGAGAUCGCGGUUCCCACCGACCCACGACCAAGCGGUCUUCAACGAGAUCAAGGCCGAGCUUGCCGCUGGCGAGCUGGACAUCAAGUUCGUGUUCCUUGAUACGACACUCUUCGAUGGCUUCUGCCAGUUCCAUAGCAAGAUGGACACGGUGUGCACGAUGCACGCUAACUGCUGUAUCGGGCUCGAGAACAAGGUGCAUGACCUCGGGAACAUGGCUGCCGACUGGAAAAACUACACGAACAAGGUGAUACCGUUGGAGAAGAGGAGUCACGAGUCGAGGUGGACGUUUCCCGCCAAGUGCGAGGCAUCGAUGGGACACCGCUAACUAUUGGAGUAUACAAUCCAGAACUUGAGAUGUCAAAUUUAGCUGAGCUGCACGAGUAGCGGAAAGGCCUAGCGGUCCAAUAGGCGGAGCCAAGAUUUAAGCAUAGUGAGGGCAAGUGAGACGAUAACCGCAAAAGUAUUACCAUAUGAUGUGCUCUCGGUUUGAGUUUAUACUGGCAUUUCUACAGAUGCCAACAUAUGU